GUUUUGAAACUCGGUCUUGCGCCAAAUCGUUUAUGGCGCCGUCAUCUCUCGAAGUCCUUGUUCCUUAAUUACGUUCCUUUUUCUUCGGAGCCUACCGGUUAACAGACCAUCCGCUCUCACCCACGGCGCGCGCCCCGUGUGAUCCCUGCCAGCCUUCUCGACCAUGUCCACUGGGUGCCCGGCACUCCCUGCGUGAUCCAGGCUUCCGGAGAUUGAAUAUCAACCAUGAGUAGUCGUGAUCGCAUGCGGGGCCCUCCUCCGGGUGAGGUGCCGCCCCAAAGAGAUCCCCGUCGAGCUGGUGAUGGUCGCAAUGGCGGUAUCGCCGGACCGGGGGAUGGCACAAUGUCGAGGGCCGAGAAAUUCGAGGAUGAGAAGAGGCGGAUAAUGCAUAGCUGCUUCGGCAAGAAAGACAGCGAUGCUUCUCUGGUCGAGUCCUACAUAACACAUGUCCGCAUUCUGGAAGAUGCGGCAUAUCCGUCCACCCCCGCACCACCCAAUUCGCCGCCUGAGAACAAGAAACCCCGAGUGAUUAUUGUUGCGGUCAGACGGUCCGGCAGAGUGCGCAUGCACAAGGCGCGGGAAAACAACGAUGGCACGUUCUCCAUUGGCAAGACGUGGAUGCUGGAUGACCUCUCCUCGAUCCAGUCUUACAAUGCCUUAAUAGCAUCUUCGCCGUUGGAACAACAGUACAAGCAGUGGGCUGGAAGUGUUGGAUUUGUGGUCACCGUGGGAAAGCCUUACUACUGGCAUGCACGGACCUCCAAAGAGAAGGAGUUCUUCAUCGGCAGCCUGGUUAAGAUCUACAGAAAAUACACCGGCGGCAAGAUACCGACCCUGAUCGGCUUCGAUGAGCGUGAGCGUCAGCUGCUUGCUGGUGCAACAGCCCCAGGGCCGCCAGCUCCGAAAGGGCCUCCUCCAGGACCCCCGCGCCCCGAAGUGACUCUCCCUCCCCCGCGGCCCCCCUCUUCCCAAGGCAGCCGGCCUCAAUCACCAUAUUCUAGCCGUGCGCCUAGCCGUGAUGGACCGAGGCGACCACCUCCAGAGGAACAUGUCCUACGAGCUCAAAGAAGUCGCGAUCAAUUGGGGAGACCAUCGACCGGCCAGUCUGGUAAAAGUGGUACUCCACCGUUCAGCCCACCUCAACACCCGCCACCGAGACCUCCCGACCAACGUGAACAACCACCCCCACGCGCAGCCGAACGUCUAGAAAACAGAGUGCCGACGGUCCCCAUAAUAUCUCCACCGGAACCGAGGAAUAGGGAGUUCCCAUCUAGCUUGCAGGCCGCCUCUGUUGCCGGUCAGCGGGAACGGCCGAAUGGCAGCUUUGAGGAGGUCAGCUCAGCGAGUAACCUCCCGGACUCCCGACCGUCAUCCUCGCGCGACGGGCGGGCAGGCAUCGAGCCUAGGCCUACGCUUCGUACCCAUGGUCUCCAUACAAGUCGCAGUAAGGAUGGUCUUCGGCCUACAACACCAGGGUCUGUUUCUGGAGAAAACCUCACAUUCAUGCAUAGUCCAGCAAGCAGCGUGGGUCCGAGGUCGCCUUUGAGAGAAACAGUCGAAAAGCCAGUGGCUACGCCGACACGGGUAGAGCCCCAGGAGCUUGAAGCCCCGAGCAGCUUCAUUAGUACCCCCGUCGUUGAGGUACCAGCAGCACUCACACCAGGCUCCUCAGCAAAUAACAAGGCAUCACCUAUCGUCAAGCCUGUUGAGACACCAGCGGCCACAGCUCCCAUAUUGCCAGCUCCGACAUUGCCGGCCCCCAUAAAGGUCCCAGAGCCUGCUGAACCAGUGGCAGAAACUGAAGUACCAUCACCACCCCCUAGCGCUCCGGAAGCCGUCGAGCCUGUAGAAGAUGAAGCUGAUGCACAUCGUCCUGGACUUGGGCCCAUGAUCAAAAAGAAGCAGAGCAAGGAUGUUGUAGGUGCAUUCCGCAAAGCUGCCACUGCCUAUGGGGCCUUCAAGCCGAGGCCGGGAGGUGCUGGUGAGAGACUUCUGGCAGCUGCAAAGAAGCAGAAGGCUGCGGCAGAUGAACCGGACGGUAUUACCAGCGUGGUUCCCGCUCCAUCCCUGCUCCGGACGAACAGCGAAAACACAGUGACCUCCCCUGAAACACCGGAUACUGAAACGCCUCCAAUUCUAUCGUCGUCCCCUGUGAAGGAGGUGCAGCCGCCAGUACAGCAGCCAGUACAACCACCGGUGCCACCGCCUUCUGCUCCUCCAACAAUCGAACCGCCCACGGUUGAAGUAACCCAGGCUGCUCCUGUUGAACCUGUAAUCAGCUCAACCGAGACGUCCGCAGAGCCAAGGGAUACGUCAAGGGCUGCUGUAAAGGUCGAUGCAAAGAGGUCGAGAUCUGUGUCCCCUUCACCUCAUGACCGUCGCCGCAGACGUCAUGAAGAUAACACGAUCAAGUACUGCCAAACGCUUGGAAUCAAUCCCACCAUUCUUGUGGGGCGCGGCAUAGACUUUGAUGAUAUACUGACUGACCUUGGCUGGAACGGGCGGCUCGGUGAUGAAAAGAAGAUUGAAGAUCUGGAGGCAGAUAUUCGUCGAGAAAUCGGGCGUGUGGAGGCUACCAGCUGGCUUGGUAACCUUGAACAACAGGAGGGCAAGAUCGAUCAACUUGCGAAACUCAUCGACAGGACAGUCGAGGAGUGUGAAGAGCUGGAUAAUCUUCUCACUCUGUACUCCCACGAGCUCAACACUCUUAACGAUGAUGUUGCAUACAUAGAAACACAGUCGCAGGGUCUCCAGGUGCAAACGGCCAACCAGAAGUUGCUUCAGAAUGAGCUGCAAAAUCUACUCAAGACUCUGUCCAUCUCUUCAGACGAUCUACGGGCAUUGAAGGAAUCGUCACUGAGUAACCCCGAUGGUUUGCGAGAUACCGAGGUCGCCUUAACAACACUGUACAAGGCGAUGUUGAUGAUCGAUUCUGACAUAUGGCACAACAAGAGGCGGCUUGCUGAUGCGGCCGGAGACCACGGUAGCCUGGGCGUAUAUGCCGAUACAGAAAUUGGACAAAUGCGUGCAAUCAAAGAGAAGAAGGAAGAGUACCGUGCACAUGGUCGUGUGUUCUUACAACGGCUUAAACAAUUUAUGGCUAUUGCCUACAAGGUGGCGGAACAGAAGAGAAUUGAUGCGGCAGCCAGUGGCCAGAAGGAUCCCUUGAAGCUCGACAGCGAAGCCCGAGGCUACUGCCGCCGCGAACUGUGGCAGUAUCAUGCAGUGAUACUCUUCGCACGGGAAGUCAGUUCCGGGGAGUGGCACGCGCUCAUCAACCUCUACGAGCAACAGGCUAAGCACCCCUACCAAAAUGAUUUCCGGGACAACAACCUGGCAUGGAGGAAGACAGCGAGGAAGUCCAGUGGAGAGGAGCAGGAACUUCUCUUUACUCACCAGGAGAAGGAGAAAGAAUCUGAAGGCAUCACCAUGGCGGCGCGCAAGCUCACCGUGAGAAGAGGCAAGACCAUUCGAGCAGCGGCAGGUCUUAAGCUUCCCUCUGGGGACAAGCAGCAUGGCAAGCUCGAGCCGUGUGAAGCAUUUGCCGGUACCCUUCAUGAAACUCUUAACAUGAUCUCUGAAGAGCAAAAUUUCAUCGUCCAUUUCUUCCACCUCAACUCGCUUUCUACUCUCGACUUUCCCGAUCUUGUUAUGUCAGGCGCUCCCGAUGAGCGCAGAAUUCCUAAUUUCGGAUCUAAGCAGCUGCACGAUCCUGACCGCGCUAUGGCAAAGAAGGUCGAACAGAUUCUGGACGAACUCUUCGCGUUCUGGCCGACGGAUAUGCAAAACCUUGUGGACUGGGCCAUCAGAGCCGACCCGCUACAAGGAAUUGGGAUCUUACUGGCCAUCGAGAAGGCGAUUUCCGAGUUUGACGAUACCAACCAAGACUUCAUUAUCCACUCACUUCAAAAGCUACACUCCCGGCUGCUUGGCCUCUUCAACCGAUUUGUAGAUGACCAGAUCCGCGGUAUCGAGGAGACCAAGGUCAAGGUGAACAAGAGAAAGGGAGUAAUCUCGUUCAUCCGCGUCUUCCCCCACUUUUCUACGGCCGUGGAGAACAUGCUGUCGCAAGAAUUCUACGACAUCCGAGUCAACGUCAACGAUGCCUACGAUCGCAUCAACCGCGCCAUGUGGGAGUCGCUCAAAUUCAUCGCCAAGGAGGCUCCGGGCCAACCCACGGGCGCAGCCGCUACUUCGGGCGAUCCGGAAGACAAGGAAAUCCUCAAUUACCACAUCCUCCUGAUUGAAAAUAUGAACCAUUACAUUGAGGAGGUCGAUGUUCGGGGUCUUCCUGUCCUGGAACGCUGGCGAGAUCGGGCGCACCAAGACAUGCAGGAGCAUAUGACACUGUACCUUGACUCGGUCAUCCACCGACCGCUAGGCAAGUUGCUCGAGUUUAUCGAGUCGGUGGAGAAUCUAGUGAAGACGGGCAUCAACCCUGCCGACAUUGCCAGCCGACCUAGCCACUCACGGUCGGUUGCGAAGAAGGUAUUGGCUACGUAUGACGGAAAGGAAAUCCGGCGAGGAAUCGAAAUGCUGAAAAAGCGGGUGGAGAAGCACUUUGGUGACGCGGAUGAUCCCGGCCUCAGCCGAAGCUUGGUGCUGAAGGUGCUCCGGGAGUGCGAGGGCCGGUAUGGGGAAGCAUAUGAUCGGACUCGACGCGUUGUUGAUGCGGUGUAUGAAGGCCAGCUGGAGCUGGAGUGGCGCAAGGAGGACGCCAUUGCCAUGUUCCAGAGGUGAAGAGCGGUGUCUCUUUCGUGUUCAACUUGUGGCUGGGGUCUCUUGAAGGGGUUGCCCAUGCAUAAAAUACCUGUCAGUUGCACCUUGCUGGAUGGUGAGGAUGGGGCAUUUCGUUUUGCGCAUCAUAGAACAGGCGCAUGGGUUGGAUAUUCGCAUUCCUGUGUUCUUUUUCCUUCUCGCAUUCUGUCUAAGUACUUAUACCUGUUGAUGUAUCUGUAGCCCGUGGUCCAUGAGGGGGAAGAAAGGGGAGGAAGGUAAUGGUAACCUGACUGCUGAGGUCGCACUACAUUUUCCUGGUG